AUGACAUUGCAACUCAACAGUGGCCACGGCCACCAUCAAAGACCAGAGGAGGCAUCGCGCCCUCUCUAUUCAGCCGAGCUCUUGUCUCGCGAAGCGCAGAAGAUCCGCGCAAAAAGCAUCCAUUACCUUAUCCUCAGGAAGGAAGAUCCCAUCAUUCGUCUUAGAGACAUCGAGGAUCGCUUUGCCGAGACAAUCGAAGAGGUCUGCCGGGACCUCUAUUACAAUCAGGACUUGGCCCCCGAUCAAGUCUCGGUCAAUUUUCUCCAUCUUCUCGCCUGGACACGUCUGAUGGCAGAUCCCGGUAUUCAAGGUGACUGCCGUGCCGAAAUCAACACUGCACGUCAGAAAGGGACAGCCAACAAGCGAGGCCGGUACCCCGCUCCUGAAUAUCAGGAGUACUACAAGUCUCAGAAAGAUUGCGAUGUUAAGAACAACGAGAUGCACCGUCGUCUCGAUGAAAAAAAACAUGCAAGGGAGAGCCAGUCAUCAUGGGACGAGGUAUAUGCGAGUGACAAGAUCGGUCCCCUCGGGGGAGGCGGAUCUUUGUCUUUGCGAGGUCAUCAUAGGCCUUCAUACACAUUGGCGCAGUCUGCUACACAGGUUGCCGCAGAUGAGCAUGUCUGGGGCGUGUCUUUGCCCAGAGGCAGGGACACACCGGCCCAGGCUGCCAGGGACAUGCCCGCCACAGAGACUGUCAAAGCCAGUCUAUUCAGCCCUCUGAGCACCAUCCAACCCAGCGAUUUCGGGUUUGAUGACACGCAGGCCUGGGUUGACGCACAACGCCGGCGUAGUCCGAACCCGGCGCCAUCUCCUCACGUCCAGGCCGGCCCACAGAAGCCGGACUGGAAACACGAUUGCGAUGAACUCAUGAAGAAGUUCGAUGACGACGAUGAAGCUGGUGAUUGGGCUAACGUCGGGCAGUUGCCGAAGAAACUGGACUCACCGGCACAGGCAGUUGAUGCCGAGAUUCGUGCUCCCCCUCCUGUCGUCAAACCCACCAAGAAGGACAAGGGAAAGCAGAAGCUGGUUGCCGCGACGCCUGAUCUCUCCCGUCUCCCAGCCAAGGUGCCGGCACCGCAGGUCCCGGCUGCACAGGCUGAGACUGCUGUUUCAGAAAAGGUGACGGCCAAAGCACCGGAAAAGACCGAGACUCCUGCUCCCAAGAAGCUUACGGUCAAGGAGCCAGCGAUGCCACAUCGCGGGCCAACUCCAGCACCUGCUCCCAAGAAAGCAGAGGCUCAACCCACAGAAGUUGUGCCAAGUGGGCGCCCGGCGGUCCAGACCGUCGGCACAUCGUCAUCGGCAGUCAAGGGCGGCAAUCAAGAUGUUCUUUUCCUCCCUGGGGAGCCCCCUGCCCCGCCACCUUCUGCCCCUCCUCCGGCCGACGGCUGGCAA